UGCAAUGGGUUCCUAACCCGUGGCUGACGUUUAAACAAUUUUUUUAUUUUUAAGAAGUAGAAGUUGUACAUUUUUAUAGUAUUAAGUGUAAUAAUCGUGUUAAUUUUUAUCCUUUUUUUAUUUAAUAUCGUUCAUGAUUAAGAAAUAAUGUCAUUCGAAUACCUACCUGUGGCCGAAGACGAAAAUGAAGAACCCAUAGAACUUCCUAUAGAAGAGGAUGGGACAUUGAUGUUAACAACAGUGUCUGCGCAGUUUCCUGGAUGUUGCGGACUAAAAUAUCGUCAUCCUGACACCAAGAAUAUAAGAGGUAUUAGGCUAAGAGACGGCCGACUUUACCCUCCACCAGAAGGAUGGGGUAAUCACUUGUACGUUUGUAGCUUCCCGAAAGAAAAUAAACGGAAACCGGGUGAAAUUUCUGAUGCCGCUAAGAACAAACGGAAUGAUAAUCUGUGUUCUGACUUAAUAGUUCUGGGCUUGCCAUGGAAAGCAACCGAGCAAACUGUAAGAGAAUAUUUUGAAAAAUUUGGAGAAGUGUUAAUGGCCCAACUUAAACGAGAUCCCAAAACUGGUAUGUCAAAGGGGUUUGCUUUUAUUCGAUUUGCAUCUUAUGCUUCUCAAAUGAGAGUGUUAGCCCAAAGGCAUAUGAUUGAUGGCAGGUGGUGUGAUGUGCGAAUACCAAAUUCAAAAGAAGGCUCUGUAACAUCUAUGCCUUGUAAAGUGUUUGUUGGCCGUUGUACUGAAGAUUUGACAGCUAAUGACUUAAGAGAAUACUUCUCCCAGUUUGGAGAGGUAACUGAUGUUUUUAUUCCUAAGCCGUUUAGAGCCUUCAGUUUUAUAACAUUUUUAGACCCAGAAGUAGCACAAAGCCUUUGCGGUCAAGAUCAUAUUAUAAAGGGUGUUUCUGUCAAUGUAUCCAAUGCAUCACCAAAGCAAAAUAAGAGUGGGUCUAUUCAACGAAACCUACCUAACCGAAGUUAUGAAGAAGGGCACCCACACAAUGCUUCUAAUAACAACUCUUGGAAUAAUCGUAACAUGGACAUGGUCAAUAUGCAAGCUUUAGGCUUAUCCGGUCAACAUGGUCAAACUGCAGUUGCCGGCGGUGGUGGACAAGCCCAAGGUGGCAACAUGCCUUUGGGCAUGGGAGGCCUACCAGUAAACCAGGCACUGGUGGCGGCGGCUCUAAAUCAAGCAGGCUGGGGGCUGAUAAACAACAUCCCAUCGGGAGGUUCAGAGCAAGGAGCAUUUGCAGGGCCUGCAUCCUCCGCUCCACCCGGUCCACCUAACUUCCUGUCAUGGAUGCAACAAGGUAAUUCUGCACAGGGACCUUCUAGUCAGUGGGGACAGAGGCACCAAUCCCAAGGUCACUCAGUUUGAUCCAGUGUCUAAUUUGAUAAGCUCACAUAAUCUCUGUGAUUGUAGCCAGAAUUAGAUAAUUAUUAUUUGUCUUCAUCUGAAAUAUAAAUGGGUUGUUCUGUUGAUAGAAGCAGUGGCACACCUGUGGGUAGCCGCUCAUGUUAUUUAAUUUAUUAUGGAAUUGCUUGUGUUUUGUUGUUUUUCUUGAGUCCUUUAUUUUUACAAAAAUGAGUAGCUGAUGAAUCAGGUAUACACUUUAAACAGUAGAUAGAUUGUGACAGUAAAUAAUAUAGUUAAAUAAUUGUUCAUGUGCUUCUUUUCUUCCUAAUUGUAUUAAUUUGUGUUUAACAUACUAACAAAGAAUUAUAGAGAUAAAUAUAAAUAAAUAAUGCUGGUCGGGACUAUCUGAAAUGGUUUGUAACAAAAAUCAUGUUAGUAUCAAUUCAUUACCAUUUUGAGUUAUUAUUAAUUUCAUUGUUGACUCAUGAAAAUAGAUUGCUAUUUUGUGAAGUCUUUUGUUUUUAUGAAUUGAGAGUAUAUAUGUAUAGUAUUUUAUUUAUUAUAGUAGGACUCAGUUUUGCUUUUGGUGACAUUUGAUUUUGUAGCAUGUUUCAAUAAAGAGCAGAUGUGUAAGUACCUAUCAUAGGUUAAGUGUAUUGUGCUUUUGUACAUUAAUAGGUAUAUGUUUUUACAACAGACUGUUGAGAGUUCAUACUUGUAUAAUAAACAUAGAGAUCUAUCGAUUGUUAUCAUUGUUUAACAAAUAAUGUUGAUUAUUAUAAAUUUAUUAUGUAUGUUUCCUCGGUACAUGUACAUGGCUAUAAUUGAGGACAAAUGUCUAUUUUUGACUAAAUAAAUGGCUAGAAUAUUUUUGUGACUAUGAAAUAUGGGAAUUGUUCUUUGAAUGGGUACCUAGAUGUAAUGUUAGAAAACACACUGGUGCAAAAACAUUGUAUAUGUAAAUUUUAAGGCAGAAAUAUAGAUGGUUGUACAAAUGACAAGACUGUAAAUAUUGUUGAAAACAUACAACACCAUAUAGAUUUAUUAAAAUGUUUUGUCUACAAUGUACUAUUCAAACUAGUAGCAUUGCAUGAAUAGUGUCAGACUGUAUGGGUAGUGUUGAAUAAUCUGUGGCAUAAUUUGGCAUUAUUCUUCGAUGAUUACGCAAUAUCUGGAAGAUUACAUUGCCUCAAUAAUAAUUGAAAAUGUUGCUACAAUACCUUACUGGGAUGUUAUCUAUACUUCCUAUUAUUAAUAUGCUCUACUUAGGUAGAUUACUAUAUUUUGGUUUUGUUUUGAAAAAUACAUAAAAAUCAAUCAGUUAAUAUAACAAACAAGAUUUAACUCCAAUAUAACAAUCCGGAAUAUUGUAUUUUUUAAAGUAUCACAAUAUUUGGAUAUGUUUGGUGUCAUGCAUUCUGUGAAUUUUUGUCUGAUCUUAUUUAAGCCUUCAGGUAACAACAGGUACCUAUUCUUGUGAAAACAUUUAAGGACCUUAUGAUGUUAUAGUUUAAUUCGACAUUGUCGAUUUUCUUUGCUGGCUUUUAUAGUUUUCGCUUGGUUUUGUUUGUGUUAUUAACUAAUUUUAAUGUGGGUCAAUAUUUGUUUGGUUCUCUUAGAAUAAUAACAUGUAUGAUUGCUGUUUAUUACAUAACGCUAGUUAACCAUCCAUCCAUUUUUCCAUCCAAUUGAGCAAUCUGAUAUACCAUGAAUCCACUUGCUUCUCUCAAUCUCAUGAAUUUUACAUUGAUUUUAAAAAAAUAAUAUGUGAAAGUUCAUUUUUUUUUUUUUUAUUAUGUAAAUUGCUUUCUGUGUGUU